GGUGUCGUGGCACGAAAGAAAGCUUCACAGGACUAGCUUCUGUCAGUCUUUCACGACUCCCUGGUUGGUGUUUUGGAGGUGGUGCUACAUAAUGUCUUAAGACGUUAUCAGACAUGGCUCAGAAUAGAAGUCAGUAGUGAUCCUGCCUUAAGUUUCUUUUACUUUCUUCAUAAAAGAGGACGUAAAUUCUUUAACUCAAAUUCUUUAUGGUUAUAUUUUCCCUAACUUAACUGCACUUCCCGUUGUUAUUGUUAUUUCACUCUCGUACACUAAUUCCUGUUCAUUGUUGCGCUUUUUUAUUAUGCCCACCUUUCAUUCUCUAUCUCCACAACCUCAUUUUUGUUGUGUGGUGCAUGUGUAUUUGGUGUCUCUUUCAACUUGACUAGGGAUCAAUGACACCUACGGCAUCAUUUUCCCAUUGCAUUAAUUCACACCAAACGUUUGUUUCACUUUCAGUAUUUUAUGAAUUACAGGGAGGAAUUCCGUGGUUAUUAAAUUCUUUUCUACUGCUACUCCAACCAGCACUACUCAGACCACCAAGGUUAGUUUUCGUUUCUUUAUAAUUCUAUGAUUUAGACUACUUAUGGACCACUAUCUGAUGAAGAUCGAAUAUUCACCAAUUUAUACGGUCGACAUGAUUGGCGUCUUAAAGGUGCCAUGAAACGUGUAAGAUUAUUAUUAUUGAGUUCCUUUCAACAUUGGUUAUUAUAAUAACAGGGUCACUGGUAUAAAACAAAAGAGAUUAUCCUAAAAGGUAGUGAUUGGAUCAUUGAAGAAAUUAAAAAAUCUGGACUACGUGGUCGUGGUGGCGCUGGUUUCCCUUCGGGCAUGAAAUGGAGUUUUAUGAACAAACCAAGUGACGGCAGACCUAAAUAUUUGGUAAUUAACGCUGAUGAAGGUGAACCUGGUACAUGCAAAGAUAGAGAAAUUAUGCGUCACGAUCCACAUACACUUAUUGAAGGUUGUCUUAUAGCUGGAAAAGCUAUGGGUGCCAAUGCAGCGUACAUUUAUAUUCGUGGUGAAUUUUAUAAUGAAGCGUCAAAUAUGCAAUUAGCUAUCAAAGAGGCUUAUGAAGCUGGUCUCCUGGGGAAAAAUGCAUGUGGCACUGGGUUUAAUUUCGAUGUUUAUAUUCAUCGUGGGGCUGGAGCAUAUAUAUGUGGUGAAGAAACCGCUCUAAUUGAAUCUAUUGAAGGAAAACAGGGAAAACCCCGUUUAAAACCACCUUUUCCAGCGGAUAUUGGAUUAUUCGGUUGUCCGACAACUGUGACAAAUGUUGAAACUGUAGCUGUUUCACCUACAAUUUGUCGUCGUGGUGGUGAUUGGUUUGCAAGCUUUGGCCGUGAAAGAAAUCGUGGUACUAAAUUAUUCAAUAUUUCAGGGCAUGUGAAUAAUCCAUGCACCGUUGAAGAAGAAAUGUCCAUACCGAUGCGUGAUUUAAUUGAACGACAUGCUGGCGGUGUAAUCGGUGGUUGGGAUAAUCUAUUAGCUGUUAUUCCAGGUGGUAGUUCUACUCCAUUAUUACCCAAAGAUAUUUGUAGUACUGUCCUAAUGGAUUUCGAUGCUCUUGUACAAGUUAAUUCUGGUUUAGGUACAGCAGCAUUAAUUGUAAUGAGUCGAUCAGCUGAUGUUGUAAAUUGUAUCUCACGUCUUAUUAAAUUCUAUGAACAUGAAAGUUGUGGUCAGUGUACUCCAUGUCGUGAAGGAUGUCGUUGGUUAGGUCAAAUUAUGACUAGAUUUGUUAAAGGUAACGCUAAUAAGGAUGAAAUCGAUAUGAUAUGGGAAAUUUCUAAACAAAUGGAAGGACGUACAAUUUGUGCUUUAGCCGAUGGAGCUGCAUGGCCUGUUCAAGGUCUUAUUCGACAUUUUCGUCCUGAACUGGAAGCUCGAUUUGCUAAAUAUGGUAUAGAAUUAAACGAACCACCUAAAGCUGAAUCCAGUAUUCCAUGUUGAUAAUAAUAGUAAUAAUGAUCUAUACUGUUUAUUUCUUUCAUGAUUACUGUUUAUAUAUAAAUGGAUAUUAUCAAGUUAAAACCUUUAUCUUAGUUUCUUCGUCCCUUUUACCAUUUACCUCAGCACAUUUUUAUGUGUGUGUGUUUCUCAACUCUUUUCAAAAUUAUCUUCUCUUUGUCUUGUUCAACUAAACUCUCUUUCUAUACAUAAAUAUAUUACGAGUAGCAGAGAAUG